AUGGCCGACACAAAAGCAAUCAUCUCUAACGGUUCUCCACUAGAAACCAUAGGAAGUUCUCUAUUAACAAUCUUUAUAGCUGAAAUAGGCGACAGAACAUUUUUUAUUAUUGCGGUUUUAGCUAUGACAUACUCAAGAUCUGCGAUUUUCUUACUCGCUUCUUUAAGAGCUUGAAAAGUUUUUUUUUUUCACUCUUUAAGGGGUUAAUCAUAUUAUCUUUUCAGAUUUUCAUAUACUUGCUAAUGUCGUUUAUAAGAUUUAUAAAUAUUUUUAAAUCUAUUAAAAGAUUUAUAUAUAUAAAUAUUCUUUGUAUAAAUGUUUUUAUAUAUAUAAAUAUUGUGUAUUAAGAGAUCUACAGCUAGUUAUAUUAAAUUUUAGAUUAAUUUGUUUGAAAUUAGUAUUUUCCAAUGGUUUUGCCGCUCUUGAAGAAAGUGUGAGUUAGGAAAUCAACUAGCUAUGACAUUUAUUGCUGCAGUUGCUGCCUUUAUCGGAGGAGCUGUGAUUUAUUUGAUUGAUCCUUUCUGGAUUGCAAUUGCUUCAAGCGUGAUGUUUUUGGUUUAUGCAAUUUUAUCAUUUUAUGAAGCAUAUGCAGGAGAAAGCGAAAAAAUUGAAGGAGCUAAUCAUGAACCUCUGAUAUCAUACCCAACAUGGUUUAAAACCUUUUGGAAAACUGCAGCAAUGGUAUUUUUUGCUGAAUGGGGCGACAAAUCAAACACAAGCAUCAUGGCCCUUGCAGCACUUUCAAAUCCUGUCUUUGUCGCUAUUGGAGCAAUUAUGGGAUUUGCAGUCAUCGGAUUUUUAGCAGUAAUCCUAGGCAAAGUGAUUGGGAAGCACAUUCCUGAAAAAAUCGUAAAAAUUGCAGCAGGUGUUUUGUACUUGAUAUUUGCUGUAUUAACAUUGGCAUUUCUAUUAAUAUAA